CAUUCUAGUGAUUCACUGAUCUAGUUUCAGUUCAGCAGCACGUGCACGUUCCCUCAGACACACAAACCCCCCCAACACAGGUCUGUCUACUCCUGCGGCCAAUCACAGCAAACCAGCUUCUGGAUGGGAGUGUUUAAAACCAGCAGCGGGAUGCAGAAACACACACACCAGACCUGAGCUGAUCUGACUGAACACACAGGUUUCAACAUCCAAAGAAGAAGCAGAAAUGGCUCGGUUUGGCCUGCUGAGUUUGAUUCUAGCUUUAGCAGCUCUCACAGUUUGUAGUGACCAGCGCCGACUCUUUCCCAGCAGUUUACGUGAGAAAUCAGAUGUUCUGUGUCUGAAUGGAGGGACGUCUGUCUUGUCUCCGUCGGGUCGUCACAUGCUCUGUUUCUGUCCUGAUGGCUUCAGCGGCUCCAGCUGUGAAAGAGAUGAAUCCGUCUCCUGCUUUGACGGGAUCGGUCUGCACUACAGAGGUCCUGUCUCUAAAUCAGCGAGUGGGCGGGAAUGUCUGGAAUGGGAUUCAGAGAGCGUGCGUGAAAUCGGAGUCUCUCCCAAGAAUCUUGGCCCGGGACGACACAACCACUGCAGAAACCCAGACUACACCCGCAGACCCUGGUGUUACGUACGGACCGCGUUUGGGAUCGUGAAAGAAGACUGUGAUAUUCCACGCUGUGCAAAAGAUCAAGGUUCUGGCAGUCUGAAAGGCGCUCAGUCAGGAUGGCAGUGUGGCCAGAGGGAGGAGCGGAGCAUGAAGGUAGUGGGCGGGGCUUUGAGCGCGGUGGAGCGCCACCCCUGGAUGGCAGCGGUGUUCAGCAGGAGCUCACGCGGGAGAACGUUCACCUGCGGCGGGAGUCUCAUCUCACCCUGCUGGGUCCUCACGGCCGCCCACUGCUUCCCUGACGGCGCUCAGACUAAACUCCAUAAACUGUCAGUAUUUCUGGGGAGGAAUGCCAUCAAUGAGACCGACGUUCAGAGAGAGCAGGAGUUCAGUGUCUCUGAGCUCUUCAUCCAUGAACACUUCGACAACGCAGACGGCAACUUCAACAACGACAUCGCGCUGUUGAAGAUUCACAGUCCUGACGGUCACUGUGCUAAAGAGUCCAGUUCAGUCAAGACGGUCUGCAUCCCUGAAGCGCAUCAGUCACUCAGUGACGGGACGUCUUGCGAGGUCACUGGAUACGGCAGAGAACAAGAAGGGUCGUGGUAUUACUCUCAGUAUCUCAGAGAAGCAAAGGUCAACCUGCUGUCAAAGGAUUUGUGUUCAAGUAAAGCAUAUUACGGCAACUUGAUCACAGACAACAUGCUGUGUGCCGGGAGUCCCGACUGGAGCGCAGACUCGUGUAAGGGUGACUCUGGCGGGCCGCUGGUGUGUCGCGUCCGUGAGCGUGUGUUUCUGUUCGGUGUGGUGAGUUGGGGAGAGGGAUGUUCCAGAUCCUUCCGUCCUGGAGUUUAUGCCAAAGUCAGCAACUACCACCGCUGGAUCCUGGAGAAAACCGGCUUGUCGUCGCUGAGCUGAGAACAGGAGCUCACCUGCCCUCAGAGACCAAUAUACAGAACAUGAACAAACAGUGCAAACAAGUCGUGUUCAAACUGAUUUCUGUUCAGUUACUCGUUAAUAUGUCCAUCAUUCUUACAUAAUAGCAGCUCAAAGGACUUUCUAUGUGAAAAAUGUUUAUAAAAGUACUGUUUUGCAUUGGUAUUGAAAUGUAUAGUCCAUUUUCUUUUCGUUCCGGAUGUUUUUAUAUUGUUGUAUAAUUUUAUAUUGUUGUGUAACUAUUUAUUUUAUGUCAAUGAUAAAAGCCAA